UAAGACAAAUCUAAGAGACAACUUGAGGAUUGGAAGAACUUUGUGUCUGAUGUCUCCUCCCUCAUCUUAUUUUAUCCUAAUUAGAAGACACACAGCAAGUUGCUAUUGACACUAACACACAAGAGGAUGACGGUGGUCGGACACCCAAUCACCGCCGCUCUCACUGGUGGGUCAUUGCCGGAAUUGACUUUUAAGCAAUGUACAAGAUGGAAAUUCUUAUCUGCGCAUUACUCUAACAUUGGUAUAUAUCUAAGUCUAAGAAGCUAUGCCAAUCGUAUUCCUGGGAAGGUAAAUUGUUCCAAUGUGGAGGCUCCUGGGAAGUUCAAGCGUGAUAGCACUUAUGUUGAUAGGAAAGGCAAACUCAGAAGCUUUGAUCGCAAAAAGGUGUCUAGGAAACGAUGUGGUGGUUUAAGGGGACGUGGAUGGAAAUUUGGUUCAGGAUUUAUUGAUGGAAUUUUUCCGGUGCUUAGCACAAUUGCUCAAAAAAUUUUGGAACUUGUAGAGCAGGAAGCAGAUAGCAAUAAAAUUUGGAGUGUUCUUGACACCCUUCCUCAAACUCAUAGCACUUGGGACGACAUUAUCAAUGUAGCUGUCCAACUACGCUUGAAAAAAAAAUGGGACGAAAUUGUGGUGCUAUGUCAAUGGAUAUUGCAUAGGAGCUCAUUCCGACCAGAUAUAUUGUGUUACAAUUUGAUGAUUGAUGCUUUUGGACAGAAAUUACAGCAUAUGAAGGCAGAAGCAACAUACUUACAACUUCUGGAAGCUCGAUGCAUUCCUACUGAAGAUACUUAUGCACUUAUGUUGAGGGCUUACUGCGCAUCUGGAUUGUAUGCAAAAGCUGAAGCUAUUUUCUCUGAGAUGAGAAAAUAUGGCCUCCAUUCAAGUGCCAUUGUAUACAAUUCUUAUAUUGAAGGACUGAUAAAAGGAGGAAACACCACAAAAGCUUUGGAGAUUUAUGAUAGGAUGAAAAAGGAACGCUGUGAGCCAACUACUGAAACCUACACAAUGCUAAUCAAUUUAUAUGGAAAGGCAAAUAAAUCUUAUCUGUCCCUCAAGAUGUUCAAUGAAAUGAGAACUCAGAAGUGCAAGCCAAAUAUCUGCACUUACACUGCACUUAUCAAUGCGUUUGCAAGGGCUGGUCAAUGUGAGAAAGCAGAAGAAAUGUUUGAGCUGCUACAAGAAGCUGGUCUGGAGCCUGAUGUUUAUGCUUAUAAUGCAUUGAUGGAAGCUUACAGCCGUGCAGGGUUCCCAUAUGGCGCUGCAGAGAUUUUUACACUCAUGCAACACAUGGGAUGUGAGCCAGAUAGAGCCUCCUAUAACAUCAUGGUAGAUGCCUAUGGUAGAGCUGGUUUAGUUGAAGAUGCAGAAGGUGUGUUCAGGGAGCUGAAGUCCCUCGGCAUGACUCCAACCAUGAAAUCCUACAUGUUGUUACUUUGUGCGUAUGCAAAAGCAGGGAACAUUAUCAAGAGUGAAGAAUUUGUAGCUGAGAUGAUCAACUCAGGUAUUAAGCCAGACACGUAUGUCAUGAAUAGCAUGCUAAAUUUGUAUGGUAGAUUUGGUCAGUUUGAGAAGAUGGAAAAUGUUUUGAGUGCUAUGGAAGGUGAACCAUAUGUAGCUACUGAUCUAAGUACGUACAAUAUAUUGAUAAACGUAUAUGGACGAGCUGGUUAUUUCGAGAAAAUGGAGGAGUUGUUUCAUUCACUCAUCGACAAAAAUAUGAGACCUGACGUCGUGACAUGGACAUCGCGCCUAGGAGCAUACUCGAGGAAGAAGCAGUACAAGGUAUGUAUAGAUAUAUUUGAAGAAAUGAUUGAUGCUGGGUGUUACCCGGAUGGAGGAACUGCAAAAGUUCUUCUUUCAUCUUGUUCAAGUGAAGAACAGAUAAAGCAGGUUACCACAAUUCUUCGAACAAUGCACAAAGAUGUGCAGUCAAUUACUCAAUAAUGACUUGGCUCUGAAAAAAUGCGGUUGCAUUGAAGUACUUGGAUCGUAUAUAACUAAUACUACCUCCGUUCUUUUUUAGUUGCAACGUUUGACAAAUUGCACUAUUCAUGUUCUCUUAUUUGACCACAUUUAUUGAUUUAUAUGUUAAACAAAAUAUAGUCAUGUGGGGUCUUGUUUGAUUCGUUUCGAUGUAAGCUUUCAUAAUAUCAAAUUUUUAUAAUUUUUACUUACAUACAAUUAGAGAUAAAACGAUUUGAAAUUGUACAUUGGCAAGCGUGAAAGUCAAAACGUUGCAACUAAAUAAAAACAGAGGUAGUAUAAGUAUAUAGUUCCCUGUUUCUAUUUACUUGUAGAACUUUUUAUUUGUGUACGACUUAUAUUUGUAUAUAGAAACAAAGUUUGAGAUGGAA